GACUGAGAAAGAGAAAACCACCGACACAAGAGUGGUCGCGUGAGCUAUUUGAUCAGCUGUUUACUUCGUUCUCUCCAUUCGUUCCGUUCCUAAAAAAUUAGAUCUCGCGAGAGUGCCCAACGACGACAUCAUGCGUUGUUACACCAACAAGACGCCAGUAAGAUAAAAUUAGACUACCAGGAAUCAAUUUGAAUUUGCAACUCUACGUAAAUUUUGUACAUUUUACCUACUGAGCAAAAGGAAAGUAUUUUUGGUGGGGAGAAAAGCGCUGCGAUCGCAUACCAGUGUCGAGAAUCUCAGUGACGAAUCAUCUGAAGCGUGUUUGGUAUCAAUUCUCAAUUGACUCACAAUAAUUUAGUAGUGCUGAAUUCGAAAAAGCACAGUGAAAAAUAUUUUAUGACUUGAAACUUUUCUGAAAAGUCAUGGAGAGUAGAAGUGCAUUAAGACGUGGCUGUCAGCCAGAAAGAAGAAAAACAUGCACCGCAGUGGUAGUCCUUGCAGUAAUAAUCGGAUGCGUUUUCUUGGCCUAUACGGCUUUUGGAGAUAAACCAAAGGACAUUUCUCUUAAGAAAGUAUUCGUUGUGUUUCGUCAUGGUGAUCGAAAUCCUACCGAAACGUAUCCUAACGAUCCUUACUUACACUACGAUUGGCCUGAUGGAUGGGGAGCAUUGACAAAGAAAGGUAUGCGGCAGAUGUACACUUUGGGCCAAUGGAUAAGCAAAGAAUUUGGCUGGAUCACGGAACACAAGUACGCCGGAGCAAGCACAAUAGUAAACAGUAGUUACUCGGAUCGCUGUAUAAUGUCUACUCAGGCAUUGCUCGCUGGUCUUUAUCCCCCAGCCGAAAAGGAUACCUUUGUUCCCGGCCUUCCGUGGAGGCCCAUUCCCGUUCAUUAUGUUCCAAGGGGUAUGGAUAAGAUUCUUGUGGUCGGCAAGUCAUGUCCUCGACUGGAAAACGCAUUGAAAGAAGCUUAUUACAAUGAGUCGCUUAGAUCCGACAAAUAUCUAAAAUCCUAUUACGAAGCACUCACGAACAUCACAGGACAACCAAUGAAAACAAUCACUGACGUCGAAUUUCUUUACAAUACCUUGGAAAUUGAAGUGAUGAAUGGGUUGGAACUUCCACCGGCUAUAAGGAAAUAUUAUAAUUCAGAAAUGCGUGAAAUCGCAGCUCGAAGUUACACAUUGUUCACAAGUAAUAAACUUCAGCAAAGACUUCGUGGAGGGCCGUUGCUAAAGCACAUUUUGCAACAUAUGAAAAAUGGCAGCACUAAUGAAAAGCUUCACUUGUACGGUACACAUGAUGUUAACAUAGUCAAUACAUUAAGAGCGAUGGGUUUUGUUGAUGAACUUUUUAAAUUGGACCUUGGCGUUAGUCUCGUUUACGAAUUGCGUGUUAUUGAUGGAGGCCAGUCACAAGAAGUUCGGAUAUCAAUGCUGAAUAAUACAGAAACUACAACACUUUAUAAGUUGAGAAUACCAGGCUGCGAAGAUUCGUGUAAACUUGAUGAUUUAUUUCAAAUCUGGAAAGACGUCAUUCCAGAUAAUUGGGAGAAUGAGUGCCAGUUAUGAGUCCGUUAAAAAAUAUAUUUCCACUUCUUUUAUACCACAGAACAAAAAUAAAAAUGAAGACGAUAAAACCGAGAUUAAAAUUUAAAAUUUAUAAGAUAUUAUUAUUCUCAAUGAUUAUACAGAUUAGAUCUAAUUAUUUAUAUUGAUUGUAUAUACAUAAUGCAAAAUAUAGACACGAUGUUUUAUAAGUAAAAUAUUGUUAAUGUAUAC